AUGGGGCGGGGAGGCGGUUUUUGCCGGCAAGUGGGGGGCAAGGAGAACCCGGCGAUCGCGGCGUGGGCGCUGGCCGCUGCGCUGCAGGCCGCAGCAGCAAUGGCGCUGCUGCUGCUGGCCGAAGCCACGCAGCUCAAAGACCAGCCAGCAGCAGCGCUGCAGCCGGGCGAAUACGGAGAAGUGAUGUUUGUGUCUCGGGGGGCCUUCUUGGGGCUGGGGUGUACGUACACCGCAGCCUGUGUCUGCUGCGCUGCAGUGACCCUCUGCGGCUACUUCUUCUGGGCGAAGCUGCUGUGUCUGGCCUGCCCGCUGCUGCUGCUGUGUCAGCUGCUGAGUUUGCUGGCAGCAGCUUUUGGGGGUUACAUGCUGCAGCAGCUGGAGGCAUUUCGCAGCAGCCAGGUGGAGUUGCUGCGGGGGCCUGGGGGAGCAGCAGCAGCAGCAGCAGCAGCAGCAGCAGCGGACUUCUCGCUGCAGUUCCUCGACGCCCACGCCUCCCUCGUGCUGCUGUUUGCUGCUGCUGCUCUGGCAGCAAUUGCGCCCCUCAGCAAAGCAGCAGCAAUUGACGAAAAAGGCACUAUGGUGGAUGUCUUGCUGCACCUCCCGCUGCUGUGCUGCUGCAUAGCAGCAGCAGCAGUGCUGCUGCUGCCUUCGCGCUGCGCCUUGAACGUGGGGCUGGGCGCGGGCUUCCUGCUGGCUGCUGCUGCUGCUGCUGCUCUUGCUGCGCUGCAGCACUGCGGCGGGCUCGCAGCAAGGCUGUCUUCGCUGCUGCUGGCAGCUUUUUAUUUGCUGCUGCUGCUGCUGGCCCUCGCCAGCCUGCUGGCUGUGGGCCGCCAGUUUGCUGCUGGCCGUGCUGCAGCAAUCCGCUACCUGCGUGUGGGGCCGCUGCAGCAAACUGCCUUUUUGCUGCAGCUCGAAGCAGCAGCAUUUGAGGACUUCAAACAGUUCUUGCUGCUGAACAAGGGAGGCUUCAGCUUAGCUGCUGUUGCUCUUGCUGCUGCUGUUGCUGCUUACUCCUUCUUUGCUGCUGCCUUUUCCCUUCGUGCUGCAGUUGGCGGCGCAGAUGCACUCCGCAGGGACAUUUCAGAAGCUUCCAGCGACAAACCCUAG